CUACAUGUUUUAAAAAUUGUAAAAAGAACAAAAAAAUGUGAAGACAAAUCAUACACCCAUUUCAUAGCCAAUAUUCCUUUUGUAAAUCACUGUUCAUAUAAUUCUAAAACUGAAAAAUUCUGCAAUCCUGAAGUUCUUUUGAAAAAAAAAAUCUCAAAACUGUAAAGCUGAACUGUCUAUUUUAGUAAGAUUCAUUUGCAGAAAUUUCUUGCUUGAGUACCUUAUGUCUCCAUUUUCAUCCCCACAAUAUUGAUUCGUUUCCCAAUGUUAAUAUACCCAUUAAUAGUCCGGUCUUUUUCCAUCUUCCUGGUAUAACAUUUCUCAUCUAUUCCUACCAAAUUUUGUAUUUUUUCUCCAUAUGAUGCAAUUCAAUGAAACCCCACCACAACCUUUGCACCAAAUCCCUCCAUUUUCAAAGCCUACCAUCAUGAACAAAAACCAGACACGUCCUUGGCCUGGUUUUCCGACAUCCAAAGCCUUAGGUAAUAACAAUAGCAAUGGUAAUAACAAUUUUGGUGAUGCAAAUUGCAUGGAGCAGCUUUUAGUUCACUGCGCCAAUGCUAUUGAGAGUAACGACGCAACUCUAGCCCAGCAAAUUUUAUGGGUUCUCAACAACAUUGCACCACCGGACGGGGACUCGAAUCAGAGACUAACUUGCGCUUUUCUCCGAGCUCUCAUCGCCCGUGCGGCGAAGUCCGGUACGUGUAAACUACUCGCUGCUAUGGCUAAUUCUCACUGUAAUAGUAUUGAUUCCCACAAGUUUUCCAUCAUUGAGUUCGCUAGUUUUGUCGACCUAACCCCGUGGCAUCGAUUCGGGUUCACGGCAGCUAACGCUGCGAUACUCGAGGUUAUCGAAGGGUUUUCGGUUGUUCAUAUUGUGGAUUUGAGUUUGAUGCACUGCAUGCAAAUUCCGACUCUUAUUGAUGCUAUCGCGAAUCGUUUUGAGGUGACUCCGUUGAUUAAGCUAACAGUUGCUGAUUGUACCGAAGAUAUACCGCCUAUUCUUGAUCUUUCGUAUCAAGAACUCGGAUAUAAAUUGAUAAAUUUCGCUAAAUCGCGUAAUGUAGCUAUGGAGUUUCGAGUUGUUGCUUCGAGUUAUGUAGACGGGUUUGCUUCGUUAAUCGACCAGCUUCGAGUUCAGAAUUUAGUUUAUAAAGAAACUAACGAAGCACUUGUGAUCAACUGUCAUAUGUUGCUCCAUUAUAUUCCUGAAGAAACUAUUAGUACACCAAAUUCUUAUUCUUAUGCUUAUCCUUUGGAGUCAUCUUCAUCUCUUCGAGCGAUGUUUCUGAAGUCCCUUCGGAGUUUAGACCCGACAAUCGUUGUACUAGUAGACGAAGAUGCGGAUUUAACAUCCAAUAAUUUGGUGAAUAGAUUAAGAUCAGCUUUUAAUUAUCUAUGGAUACCUUAUGACACGGUGGACACUUUUCUUCCGAGAGGAAGCAAGCAAAGACAAUGGUAUGAAGCUGAUUUAUGUUGGAAGAUUGAGAAUGUGAUAGCUCAUGAAGGUCUACAAAGAGUCGAGAGGCUCGAACCGAAGAGCAAAUGGGUUCAAAGGAUGAAGAAUGCGGGUUUUCGAAACGUUUCUUUCGGAGAAGAAACGGUUUCGGAAGUUAAGAGUAUGCUUGGUGAGCAUGCAGCUGGUUGGGGAUUGAAGAAGGAAGAAGAAGAUGUUGUACUUACUUGGAAAGGGCAUAAUGUUGUAUUUGCUUCUGCUUGGAUUUCUACUUAAUUAAUUCAAUUAUCUUUUAGAUUUUCUCAAUU